AUGUUGGAUCGAAUUGGUGAAACGUUUGUAGCACUGGAAGAAGCGGUAUCAACAGGAUUGAUUCGUUCUUAUGGUAUUAGUUCCAAUAGUUUUUCUGUUCCUCCUGAGGAUAAGCAUUUCCUACCUUUCGAGGAUCUUAUUGAACGUGCAAAAAAUGCUUCUAGAUUUGUCAGAGGCACUGAAAAACAUGGAUUUGCAGCCAUACAACUUCCAGGAAAUUUAUUAGAACAAUAUGGAUUAAAAACUACAGCCAAAUGGGCAAAAGAGAAUGGAUUAAAGGUGUUUAUUAACAGACCACUUAAUGCCUUUAAUGAUGAAGGUGGAUUUCGCUUAGCAAGUUAUCCUAAAACUAGUUAUGAAGAAAUAAAAAACUCAACGAUAAAAAUUUUGGAAAAUCAGGUGCGUGAAGGUGGAGAGAGCAGUGGAAGUAAAACGAGUGUUGGAGGAGUUGGAGCACCGGCAACGUUUAUCUUGGAGAUAGUCAAACAACUGGACAAACAACUGCCUAACUUGACAAAUGUGUUUCAAUUGGAAAGUGUUAAAGCAAGCGUGAAUGCAAACUUGAGGCAAUUUCAUGCAAAUCAAGAGAUCAAUUCUAUUGCUUAUCCGUUUAUAGAUGCAUUUGAUGCAGAAGUCAGAUAUCGUGGGUCGUUGCAAGUCAGAAAGUAUUUGAUUGAACAACAAGGAUUUAAAGAAUUAAAUGAUAAAAAUCAAAACAUUGAAGAAUUUGCCACAAACUUUUUGUUCAAUACAGGUGUUGUCGAUGUCGUUCUAAUGGGAAUGACGCGAGAAAGAUAUGUCGAUUUCGGAAGAAAAAUGUUAAAAACGUUAUCAGAACAAAAAGAUAAAAAAAAUUAG